CCCCUUUACACGAGCAUACUUCCCACACCUCUGGAUGCCCCCACCAACCCACUCCCACGAUAGCUCUGUGUUUUAUGUCUGCGUCACAACAAGUCGGCGGAGGGCGAGAGGCAGAGGGAUGAUGGCGUCUCUGGCGGCUUGAUUCCGGUGCAGCUCAGACAAAAUCCGCCUUAAUAAGCUUCGGCGGCUGGGAGAGGGGUGAGGUGUGAGAGUGGGGGGUGAGGGAGCAACAGCGACAUGAUGAAACGGCACCGCGGAGAAAGGACGGACAAACUAGUCUGAGAGACGGACGGACAGUCACAGUCGCCUCCUCCUCCUCCACCUCCUCCUCCUUGCUGACGGUUUGACUGACACACACACUCACACACACUCAGAGCGAGGCGCCUGGCACAGACAGAGACAUACAUGCACACCAGCCACUUUUUGCAAACCAGCACGCUGCGCAUCGGAGCUGGCAGUAAUUGGACAUCCACAGCUGAUGAGGGCAUUUCAUGUCCAGCCUGUCCAGGAAUCCCAGUGACCCCGACGGAAAGGAGUUCGACUUGACAGGAUGGGGGGAGUCAGUGAGGGAGAUGAUGUGUUGGCUCGUUGGAGUGAUGGACUACUGUACCUUGGCAAUGUGAAGAGAGUCGACGGAGUCAAGCAGUGCUGCUUGGUGAGGUUCGAGGACAACUCAGAGUUCUGGGUUCUGAGAAAGGACAUUCACUCGUGUAAGAUCGCUGCUGGAGUGGAAGAAGUUUGCUGUAUUUGUGACGCCCCGCCUCUUAAAGAACCCCUCAUAAAUUGUCUUAAAUGUCACCACGGUUAUCAUGCGGAGUGCCACACACCAACCAUCGAGCCAGAAGCUGACAGCGACUCCUGGAUUUGUCGACAAUGUGUUUUUGCUGUCGCCACCAAGAGAGGCGGAGCUCUGAAACGCGGACGCUUCGCCCGACUCAUGCAGUUCAUGAAACUCCGGCUUCCCUACCAGCUGUCGUCCUUAGACUGGGAUCCUCAGCAUCUGACCAACCAGCAGCAGUGUUACUGCUACUGCGCCGGACCUGGAGAGUGGAACCUGAAGAUGCUGCAGUGUGGCAGCUGUGGUCAGUGGUUCCAUGAGGCCUGCACUCAGUGUCUGUUAAAGCCAUUGCUGUACGGAGACAGGUUUUAUCAGUUCCAGUGUUCGGUUUGUACAAAGGGACCGGAGACAGUCCAGAGGCUGCCCAUGACCUGGGUGGACCUGGCUCAUUUAGUCCUCUACCACCUCUCGCUGUGCUGUAAGAGGAAAUACUUUGAUUUCGACCAUGAAAUCCUGUCCUUCACCAACGAGAACUGGGACUCGUUGCUCCUGGGCGCGCUGUCUGACACGCCGAGGCAGGACCGCUGUCACAAUCUCCUCAACGCUCUCAAUUCUCACAAGGACAGGUUUGUCUCUGGAAAGGAGAUCAAGAAGAAGAAGUGUCUGUUUGGGCUGCAGGUCCGAGCUCCGCCUCCUCUGACCUCUGAUUCGUCGCCUCUCGUCACCGAUCCUCCCAUCAGCAUCACCCACAGCAAAAGCCCGUUGUCACUGUCCUGCCAGAGGAGAGUGGGGGGGUCGGACUCACGUAAAUCAAAGCGUCGCAUCAUGGAGACACAGGUCUGUUUGCCGGCCUGUUCGCCGGCCUGUUCGCCGGCCUGUUCGCCGGCCCGUCCGCCGCCGGUCGCUGCCAACCCAGUGGAACUGCUGCCAUGUUGCCAUGGCUACAUGGGCGGAGCCAACCUGUACAACUCCAGGAAGUUGGAUGAGGAGAUGGAUGCAAGCCCCCCUUCCAAGCGAAUGUAUGCGCUGUACCACACCACCUACAAUGGGAACACUCCUCUCUCCAGGGGUCUUCAUCACUACAACAGCAUGGAGGACACCUGCAGAAUACCUCCACCAUGCUUCCCAUACCCCUUCAGCUCCAGUGGAACCUCCCAUCUCCAUCACCUCCACCAGCACCACCACCACAGCCACCAACACAACCACCAGCACCAGCCGGGCCAGAAGCAGCUGGAGCCCCUCAUCCUGCGCGACGUUCCUCCGUAUCAGAGCGGCGCGGGCGGCGGAGGCUGCAGUGGUGGGGCGGAAAGUGGAGCGGGAAUGGGCGUGGGUGUGGGCGGGGGCGACAGGACGGUGGCCCGGAGCUGGGCAGGAGGAGGGGAGGCCGUGAGGAUCCUGGCAAGACGCGUGACUCCAGACGGGAAGGUGCAGUACCUGGUGGAGUGGGACAACGUGGGUCUGUACUGAGGCAGACUGGGACAACGGAGACACAGGACUGAUGUGUAUUUAAUAUGUGGCGGUGUGUAAAGAACAAAAAAAAUCUAAACAUGGUUCAGAUCCAGGUUUCUCUCAUAGUAUCACCUCAGUUGGACAUCAUUAUAACCUCAGUACUAGGUGUUCCUAUUUGCUAGUGUUCCUCUGAUAUUUGUACUGUUAUAACUUUGGAAUAUGCCUUUGCAUUGAUCAUGUUUUACAGUGAUGAUGGAAACAACUUCAACUUCCAGAUAAUCUAUCAGUGUUUCACCCUUAUUAGGAAAAAACUGUUCAAAGGGUUUAUAUACUGUAUAUACUCUGCUGCAGGUGUACAUGGUACUAGAAGAAGACUUUCUGUUUCUUUUGUAUUUUACAGUUUUUAAUUUAUGAUUUACCUGAGAAAUGUUUAUUUUCCUGCUUCACUAUGGAUACUUUGACCCCAAAAUGGGGAAAUAUUUGGAUUGUGUGAAAAAAUAAAUAAA